GCCGCCGAAGGACGCCCCGUCCUCCACAUGCUGCCACUUGGCUGAGCCGGGCGCCGGCGAGAAGGCGGCGCCGCUGCCCUGGCAGCUGGACUGCACUUUGCCCCCGCCGGGCCUCCGCUGCCGCCCGCCCUGACGCCAGCGAGCUCCGCUCCCACGGCAGCGCCGCUCCGGGAGCUUCGGAGACCCGCCCCGGGCCUGAGCGCAGGGUUCCUCCCGGGUCCCCACGGCUGUCCGGACGUGCCAUGGGCGCGCAGCCGCCGGGCGAUGUGUUGUGUAAACACUACAUGUGAAGAGUGGUGAAAGGAACGCUGAUUACUGAAGUGGCCUGGAGAGGGAAAGCACUGGUCAACGUCACAUGGACAAACUUCAUUGUUUUCUAAAGAUGGCCUGGAAGUAGACUUUGCCACUGCUUCCUCCAUAAACAGCUCUUCCUAACAUGGGCUGCAUGAAAUCAAAGCAAACUUUCCCAUUUCCUAACUUAUAUGAAAGUGAGAAGCAGCAUGAGAGUGAAGAACCCUUUAUGCCAGAAGAGAAAUGUCAACCUAGGAUGCCUUCUCUAGUCAAUGUCAAAGAGGAAGUGAAGGAACCCCCAGGGACCAAUCCUGUGAUCUUGGAAUAUGCACACCACCUGUCCCAGGAUAUCUUGUGUGAUGCCUUGCAGCAAUGGGCAUGCAAUAACAUCAAGUACCAUGACAUUCCAUACAUCGAGAGUGAGGAGCCUUGAGGCUGUAGGAUGACAACAGUUUGACUGUGGAGGUGCUAGUUUAAAUACAUGCAACAAACGCAAAAUCUGGUGUGCAAAAGUACAAAUAACUAUCUGGAUUUCAAAACGUGUCUACGAUAAUGUCACUAGUGUUAGAAUAUCUAGGAUGAAAUGCAUUAUGCAUUUGAAGAACUUCUACGUUAACAGCAAAUUGUUUAGUCUUAGAUUUUAGUCAUCUGAAGGGCUAAACAGAGGACCUGUGACACCCAAUAAUGAGCUGUAUCUUAUAGCACUUCUUCCUAAGUAAUGGCAUCACCAAAGAAAAUGCUAAGGAAUAAAAACUGCCCCAAAUUCUAAAUAGUUAUUUUAAAAGUUGUCCUUUAAAAUAACAAUUUUUGUUAAUUUAUACCCAAAAAAGUCCAGAUAAGUAAAGGGCUUUUCUAAAAUUCCUUGGCAAGGGGAUGGCACUCAAUUCACAGUGAUUAACAGUAAGUCUUGUUGGUCAAAAUCAUGCGUCAAGGAUCUCUGCUUCUUGACACAAAUGAAGGCUGUCUUUAAUAAGAUAUUUAUUUUUGUAGAAGAGAAGUGUAACUACCACCUUGGACCUCAGGGCCCUAAAUAAUUACAGCUGUUACUGGACAACUCAGACUUUGUGCCUAACGCCUCCUAACGAUAGCAGUUUAUAGAAGCCAUGACAUUAGUGUUUAUUACAUUGAAUUAAGAAGCCAGUGAUAUAACUAUACAAGACGACUAGCAUGGGUACCUUUUAUAAACAGCAAUCCAGUAAAUCUUAAAAAUAACAGAAGCCUACUCUGCAAGGUAGAAAUUUUCAGUAUUGUGUAUUAAGCUUUACUGUCUUGGAGGUGCAAAGGGCUGGAAUAUGGGCAUUUAUCCCCAGUAUUUUAUUGACUAGUGGGGUAGUCACCAUUAAAAUUACUGUGAGACCAGGUAGGUAACGCAUGAAGAUUUACAGUUAUAUUGCAAAACAGAAAAGAUAAAACUGUCCUUUGAGGAGAGUACUCGUUUUCUGGGUUUUUGUUAUUUUUUAGUGGUAACACAAGCCUAUAGGACAUUUAUAGCCACCUAUUAGGGAAGCUGUUUUUCUUUUUCAUUUUUACUGUCACAGAACAUAAACACACCCCUUUUUGUUUUAAAGGACUACUUUAAAACAAAAGAUCAGUGGUAACAGAAAAUUGGGAAAGGGGAAAAUGAAAUUAAGACAACUUGUUGGAAAAUUAAGACAGUUUCUAGGAUUAUCUUUUCAUAAGAUUUGGUACACAGUGAGUUUAAAUGAAAAGAAAAUUAUUUAAGCCUGUGUAUGUUAGAGCCGCAAUACACCACUGAUAUUAAAAACUAAAGGUUAAAAAAAAAGCUUAUAACCUCUUUAAUAAGAUAAAUAUGUAUUUGCCUUGUAAGCAGGCAGAAAAUCUACCUCUAAUUUUAACACUCAUGUUUUGAAACCCACAAUUAAAUAGAGUGAAUUCUCCAAGUUACAUGAGCAAGGAAAACAUUAUUUGAAACAUGCCAUAUUUCAGUUGCCUUUGGACACCUCAUCAUUCAACUUUAAUUUUACUGAGUUCCACAAUUUGUACUGUCCCACUGUACUUGCAAUCUAUAAUUUAUAUAAUAGAAAAACAACCAAACUCAUUCAUACAAGGAUCUGAAGUUACAAGGCUAAGGGCAGAAAGUUUCCCAUUCGUAUAAAACAUGUCCAGGUCAUGAAGAGUAGUUCAGAUUGAGUGACAAAAGCAUAGGUGUGGUUGUUUUUCAUUCAUUUUGUAUCUCACACCAAGCCACUUUUGCUGCAAGGUCAUUUGCUGCUUUAAAUGUACAAUUAGGAAUAUAAAAUAAGUACUGAUAAGAAAACACAAAGCCACAUAAAGCAGCAUGUCCCACUAAAUUUUUUAGUAUACAUAGGGACAGAGACCAGUGAGUUUUGCCUGUAUCUAAGUAUUUUAAUUUCAGGUUUCUUCUCUGCCCUGGACCCCUAUUUCCCCAGGGUGUAAUAGCGAUACCUGCUGGAUCCAUAUCAGCUGGAAGUCUAAUCUCUGUUGCUGCCCUCUCUCAGCAACUAUGGUAGGAUAGUUUUAUCACCAAGCACCAUUCCCUUGUCCCUGAUUCACAUUUUAAUAGAGUAUGAUAUCUUGUGUACAGUAUUUCCAAGACUUAUCUUUGAAAUAUAUGCUGUAUUAUACGUCAUCCCAUGACAUACAUGAACUACAAGUCUUGAAUAAUCAGUGAGCUAGUGGGUCAAUCAAGAUGGAAGAGAAAGAGAUGAAUAAACAAAUAAAUAAAAAAGAUGACUGAAUGAAUGACAGAGAUGAACAAACAAAUUUACAUUACAUGUGAUAAUUAUCAUGAUACAGGUUGGCCUUCAUGACAAGACAGAUGAGAGUGUCAUUGAUAGGAUAGUAGCCUUCUUUCAGAUCUUUACAUUGAAAUAUUGGCUUUACUUCAAUUUCAAAGUCUUUCAUGAACAAUAAAAGAGAGUAGAAGGACUGCCUGAGAAGCCAGGAGACAUAUAAAAUAGAUAACUGGAAGACUUACUAGCUCCUGGAGAGGGAAACAUUUGCAACAUCCAGUGUAAGGGCAAAUGAGCUUUUACCAGCACAACCAAGAACCUCCAGGUGGCAACUGUGGAAGCAGGUUAUCAGAGAAAAUAAACGUGCACAUUCCUUGUUUACAAAGACUUCAACCCACAAAUAUGCUUCUCUGCUGCCUUCCCCAGUUGUCUCUUAUGUACUACUGUCACCUUUCAGUUUUAUGCCUUUGAUCCUAAAAUUCUCUACUUUUGUUGCCUUAUCAGUUCUUUGCAAUCUGCCUGUGGUUAUUAGCACUUAAAACACAAUUUUGAAGGGGACAAAAGUGAUUAUCUUAGUCCCAAAGAAAUAAUUUGUCAAACUGCCUUAUUAGUACUAGUAUUAAAAACAGACACAUUUAAUAAAGUAGCAUGAUACUCAUUUAUCCGACUCAGUAUCAUUGGCCUUUUAUGAAAUGAGGAAAUUAUACUUAGUUUUAAAAAUCAAGAGUCAGACACACUUUAUAAGUAAUAUCAAGGAACAGUAAUUUAAAACCAAAGUUCUAAAAAAUACCUUGUUUGAGUCAUCACAAUGUCCUUAUCCUGGAUUUGAAUGGCCAAAUAGGACAUAUCUGUUUUGGAGCUGUGGGCAUUAGUUCAGAAGCACUACCUGAAUCUUAAUUUUCUAAACUUGAGUUUUAUUAGCAAAUCCUCUUCUCUGUAAGACUUAGCUAUGAAGUGGUAUAUUUUUCCAAAUAUUUUUCUGAAAAAAUUUGUUGUAACUGCACAAUAAAAGUCCAGUUGCAAUUAAA